GCCUGAGCCCCAGAGCCUCAUGAAAAAAACAUGGAUGGCCUUCAGGACAACACUCUGAGGAUUGUUCUGGUGGGAAAAAGUGCAAUAGCAAACACCAUCCUUAGGAGAAGAGAAUUUGAUUCCAAAGUUUCUCCUCACACUGUUACCAAGAACUGUCAAAGAGCCUCACAGGGCUGGAAGGGAAGGAACCUUCUUCUCAUGGGCACCCCAGGGCUCUUUUACACCAAAGAAACACUGCAGACCUCUUGUGAGGAAAUCAGCCGGCGUGUCCUCACCUCCUGCCCUGGGCUUCACGCCAUCAUCCUGGUUCUACAGCUGGGCCACUACAUGAAGGAGGAACAGAAAAUGGUUGCAUUGAUCAAGGCCAUCUUUGGGGAGCUGGCCAUGAAGCACAUUAUCAUCUUGUUCACUUGCAAAGAUAAUUUGGAUAAUGAGACACUGAGUGACUGUUUAGCAGGGUUAGAUGUAGACCUACAAAACAUCAUCAAAGAGUGUGGGAACCGCCUCUGUGUCUUCAAUAACAGCAGAAGUGCAAAUAAGGCUGAGAGGGAUGCUCAAGUACAGACAGAGAAAGUAGUGGGGAAGAACAGAGGGGUUCACUUUUCUAUUGAUGCCAACUACAAGGACAUAGGGGAAAAGCUGAAGUGUAAAGAAGAGAUCUUACAGAUAAUCUAUGCUGACCAAUUAAAAAAGGAAAUUAAACUAAUACAAAACCAAUAUUCUCAGGAAGAAAUAUCACAGCAAGAAAAGUUGGAAAAUGCCCUGAUCAGUUUGGCUCAGUGGAUAGAGAACAGGUACCCUACAGGGGACAGGGAAGAGGGUCAGAGUGACAGGAGAGUCCUGGUCAUCUACAACCCUGCAGAGGAGCAACCCUACCACUGUCCGCUGUGUGGCCAGACCUUCUUGCAACAGCCCAGCCUGGUGCCACACCAGGUGACUCACACAGAGGUCUGCUGCUUGGCUGCCUUCCUGUUUCACAAGUGUAAUGAGGUCUUUCAGAGUCAAGCACACCUUGAGGUAUCAGCUCACCACAUGGGCCAGUGGCUCUUCCCCUGCCCUGCGUGCAGGUGCUGCUUCAACCUCAAGCAGAACCUACUCACGCACCAGCUUAUCCACAGUGGGGAGAAGCCUCACCAGUUCAAGCAGUGUGAAAGCUGCUUCUAA